AUGAGUCGUUUGAUCCUUUGUCUUCUGUUAGUGGCAAUGUUUGGCGUGUGGUCCGAUGCUUGGGCACUGAGAAAUGGUCUACUAUAUGGCACAUGGUGGGGUCCGAUUGGAGGCUAUGGGAUGGGUGCGCCAAACUUCGUAAUGGAGAGAGCUGAAGAAGAGGACGAGGAGGAGGAACAAUUUAUGAUAAUCGUGGCGAUCUCUGUCUCACUUUUGCUAAUCUUUGGUUCGAUUAUCACUUAUUUUUGUGUUAGAUCCGGAAUGCGAACGGAGAGAUUGAGGGUACAAGAGGGAGAGAGUGUGGCCAUGGAAUCGAUCGAACUCAAUGCAAAUAAC